AUGGCUCGGUGGCUCCUCUCUUUCGUUGCUGGAAGCGCCCUUGCGGCGGCUUCUGGGCUUCCACUCAAACUCGAGACUCGGAGCGCCGUCACCUCGCGUGUCUCUAACAUUCACUUGACGAUCGAAGAGCCUCUUGAAGGGGCAGUAACUUUCACCUACGGAUCAUGCCGUGGCAUCUCUCUUGAUGAUGCGCACCAUACCAUCGCCAAGUCCGAGGUGCGCAACUCACAGCGCCUUGUUUGGGUUCUCCCAGAGAAUGCCUACUCCGAAGGAUGCAUUUCUGCAUGGGGUUCGUCUGGUUCUUUGAUCGGCCGAAGUGAACCUCAGACACUCCACCACAGCUGGAAACGCCGGGCUCAAAAGAGAGCCAUCCAUAUGAGCAACGAGACGGGCUUUGAUACCCUUGGAGCCUGGUUCGAGGGAGUAAACCUCCUGAAAGAUAAGGAACCUGCGAUCGUUGACGUCGAUGCCGCCAAGUCUAAGCAGGUUGCCAUUGUCGGCGCCGGUAUGGCAGGUCUCGCUGGCCAGCGCCUCGGUGGCCGUGUGCACACCGAGUAUCUCAGCGGCGGCCCUUUCGAUUACUCUUACCAAGAGAUGGGCCCUAUGCGGUUUCCCGAGCACUACGUCGACCCCAAGACCAACACCACUUACAACAUUACCGACCACCAACUUGUCUUCCAACUCGCUGCUGAAAUGAAUGAACUCAACGGCCACGACAAGAACUUGAGCGUUGACUUCAUCCCUUGGAUCCAAUCCAACAGGAACGGUCUCUCUUACAAGAACGGUAUCAAGCUCGCCAACGGCUUGCCGCCGACCCUUGCCCAGAUUUCCGCCAAUUCAUCCCUCGCCGUUUCCACUGGGUACGACGACAUCACCAACACGCUUUCUGAAGAGGUAGACAAGUACAUGCCAGGCAGUGACUUCUCCGUCCUUAUGGCUCAAAACAUGUACAAGGCCCACAGCGAGUGGUUGCGCAACGGUCUCGACGGCCUCGGCGGUGACGUCUGGUCUGAGUACGCCUUCAUGGUCAACUACCUCAAGGGCACCCUCAACUCCACAGAUGCGCUGGGCAUGUACUCUGCGACGUCGUUUUGGGACAGCCUGUACGAAGGCAUGUACUUCCAGGCCGCGACCUACAAGACCAUUGACGGCGGUCUCAGCCGCCUGCCGCUCUCGUUCCACCCACUGGUCGACAACAUCACCACCAUGAACCGCAAGAUCGAACGCGUACAGUUCGACUCUGAAUCCUCCCGCGUGAACCUGCAGUGGCGUGAAUCCUUCAAGGAGCAGACGUUCCAGAACGCCUCGUACGAUUACACCUUGCUCGCCGUGCCGUUCUCCAUCAUCCGCAAGUGGCGCCUGCCUUCGCUGCCCCUGACGAUUUCCAACGCCAUCAAGGAGCUACCCUACACGAGUGCCUGCAAGGUCGCCCUCGAGUUCUCGGAGCGCUUCUGGGAGCACUACGAGAACCCGAUCGUCGGCGGUUGCAGCACCACCUCGGACAUUCCGGGCAUCGGCUCCACUUGCUACCCGUCGUACAACAUCAACGGUACCGGCCCGGCUACGAUGCUCGCGUCUUACAUCUCGGGCGACUGGGGCCACCGCUGGGCUUCCGUGUCGGAGGAGGAGCACGUCCAGUACGUCCUCGACGCCAUGGUCGAGAUUCACGGCGAGAACACCCGCGACCUGUACACAGGCAAGUAUAACCGCCGCUGCUGGGUUCUCGACCCCCUCGAGAGCGGCAGCUGGGUGAGCCCCGUUGCCGGCCAACACCAGCUUUACAUCCCCGAGUACUUUAAAACGUACGACAACAUGAUCUUCAUCGGAGAACACACCUCUUACACCCAUGCCUGGAUCUCCUCGGCUCUCGAUUCAGGUAUCCGUGGUUCCGUGCAGCUGCUUCUCGAGCUCGGUCUCGUCGACGAGGCCAAGGCUGCGGUCAACAAAUGGAUGGCCAGGUGGAUCGAUAUUGUAAGUUGA